AUGACAGGCUUCGACUUCUCCAACUACAACCGUAACGCGGCUCUACACGCCAAGGGUGUUCCUCUUCCUAAAGCAACAAGUACGGGUACAACAAUCGUUGGCUGUAUCUUUGAUAAUGGCGUGGUGAUUGCUGCCGAUACCAGAGCUACAAGUGGCCCUAUAGUCGCAGACAAGAACUGCGAGAAAUUACACUACAUCGCCCCCAAGAUCUGGUGUGCUGGCGCCGGUACAGCUGCCGACACCGAAUUCACCACUGCCCUGAUCAGCUCCAACGUCGAACUGCACGCACUGUCGACGGGCCGGCCCCCACGAGUAAUCACCUGCAUGACCAUGUUGAAGCAGCACCUCUUCCGAUACCAGGGACACAUCGGCGCCUAUUUGGUGGUUGCGGGCGUUGACCCCACGGGCGUCGGUCUCUUCACCGUGCACGCCCACGGCUCAACCGAUAAACUUCCCUACGUGACCAUGGGCUCUGGUUCGUUGGCCGCCAUGUCUGUCUUUGAGUCGAUGUGGAAACCGAACCUGAACCGCGAGGAGGCCGUCGCUCUGUGCUCGGAGGCUAUCAAGGCCGGUAUCUUCAACGAUUUGGGCUCCGGUAGCAAUGUCGACGUCUGCGUUAUUGAGAAUGAUAAGCCCACGCAGCUGCUGCGUAACUACAUGAAGCCCAACGAGCGUGGCCAGAAGGAGCGCAACUACCGCUUCCCCCGUGGCACGACGGCUUACCUGAACGAGAAAAUCAUCAGCAAGGAGGACAUGAGAAAAUACGUAUCCGUGGAGGAGGCUUCUGGGGAUUCGAACCUGAUGGAGGUGGAUUCGUAA